AUGUUUCACUCAAUCUUCUUACUGCCAACCCUCUUCGGCGCCCUCGCGGCUGGCAUUCCUUUUCCACUAAUACAAAGGCAAGAUGCCUGCGCCGGCGACAAGUCUACUGCAGGAUACUGCAACGUCCUAUCAUACAUAGACAGAACUGGUACCCCAUCGACAUCAGCGCCGUCCACUUCAGAGUGCCAACAAACCUGCCGGGGCGUGCUAGGGGAUGCUGGUGACUGGCGCGUGGACUUCAUAGACAAACCGGCGGGCUAUCGCGACACCCUAUAUCUAGGCCCUUGCGAGUUUGGUAUCUCUCGGGAAACAGAUGGGGACAGCACGGAGUUUGAGUUUGCGAUGAAUAACCAGGAUAUUGUUGAUGUCAUCGACGAGGUCAUCAACAGGUAUGCCGGCCAACACGAUGGAAAGGUACAGGCGGAGGGUACGAUGGAGUGUUCGGGUCGUGUGGUUCGCUGGUAUGUUGGAUAG